CACAAACACACCCACAUCCUCCUUCCUCCAUGCAGCCACUCUUCUUCUUCUUCAUCUCUCACUGUACUCACGCGCAGCAGGCUGCAGUCUGCUCCGUCUGGAUUAAUACUGUAGCAGCACCAACUUGUUUCCACACAAUGUAUCCGAACCGGGAAUGAUACAUUCGUCUGGUUUUACGCACAUUUCUGCAGCCUGUGUCGGAGAAGAAACAUCCUCCAGAAGCUGAGCACUUUUGUUUCAGAUCUCAGAGGAAGAGUAGGAGGAGGAGGAGGCCGCACAGCGAAGAAGACAUGAGUCUGGUGGAGGUGAGGCAGACGGCGGGGUCUCUCACCCUGUCCCUGUCCGGCAACGACCCCAAGGAGAGCUACUUUGACCGCGUGGACGAGACUGACCCCGAGUACCUCCGCGGCAGGAACAUGUCCCCGGACCUGAAGCAGGACUUCAACAUGAUGGAGCAGAAGAAGAGGGUCACCCAGAUCUUGCAGAGUCCAGUGUUUAAGGAUGAGUUGGAAGGCCUGAUUCAGGACCAGAUGACGAAGGGCAACACCCCUACGGGUCUCCUGGCUCUGAGACAGAUUGCUGACCUGGUCAUGGCCAGCACCUUGGGAGGGGCUGGCCCCCUGACUUCGCCCAUCAGCGUUGGUAUGGUGACUCCAGUCAAUGACUUGUACGGCAUCGAGUCUCCCUCCUUUGCCAAAGGGGAGAAACAGAGUCGCUGCAGACUGGCCAGUCUCUACAGGCUUGUUGACCUCUUCAGCUGGGCUCGUUUUACAAGCUCCUACAUUACUGUUCGUGUCAGUAAAGAGCAAGACCAUGUUCUUAUUAGUCCACGAGGUCUGUCUUUCCCUGAGGUGACGGCAGCUAAUUUGGUGAAAGUAAACAUCAUCGGUGAGGUGGUGGAUCAGGGUUCUUCUGAUCUGGGUAUCGACCACUUUGGGUUUGCUCCUCACGCCGCCAUUUACUCCAUGCGCCCUGACGUGAGAUGCAUCAUCCACAUACAUACCCCCGCCACAGCUGCUGUGUCCUCGAUGAAAUGUGGAAUCCUGCCCAUUUCCCAGGAGGCUUUGCUUCUGGGAGACGUGAGCUGCUUCGGUUACCAUGGCAGCCUGGAUAAUAAAGAGGAGAAGGUGGAGUUUCAGAAAGCUCUGGGCCCUACUGCCAAGGUGAUGAUCCUGAGGAACCAUGGGCUGCUCGCUUUGGGAGAAACAGCAGAAGAGGCUUUCCACUACGUGUACCACUCACAGCAAGCGUGUGAAAUCCAGGUGCAUGCUUUGGGGAGUUCGGGCGGCGUGCACAACCUCGUGCUCCUGGACAGAAACAAGUUUAAACCCCUGACCCAGGGAGUGGCCACUGCCGGUUUGAUGAUGGACAAUGAGGUCAAGUGGAAAGUGGGCGAGGCCGAGCUUGAGUCCCUCAUGAGGAUGCUGGACAACCUGGGAUACAGAACCGGCCACUCUUACAGGAACCCCAUCGUCCGUGAAAAGCCCCGCUCUAAGAACGACGUGGAGACCCCCGCCACGGUGUCAUCCGUGCCACCGGAGGACGAUGAGCUGGGUCUGCGUAGCCCCUUCAAGUUUAUGGCGCAGAAACAGCAGAGAGAAAGGACCCGGUGGCUCAACUCGCCCAACAGCUACUUGAGGGUCAACGUUCCUGAACGUUCACCCAGCGGAGAUGUCAGCCCCAGGACCAAAACCAUGUGGAUGAAGUCUUCACAGCCGGGCUAUAGCAUCGGCACACCAAUAAAGAUCGAGGACCCCAACCAGUUUGUUCCACUCAACACUGAUCCCACAGAGGUUUUGGAUAAGAGGAACCGGAUUAAAGAACAGCACAGAGGUGACCUGAUGACUUCUGGACCAAAAUCUCAGUUACUAUCAGGCAUCGUUGUGGACACCAUAAAAGGCCCGGCUUUCAUCAUGGAGGAUGAGGAGCAGACUCGCUCUCUUCCCCCCAACCCUUUUAAUGAGCUCACGGAGAGGGUGCUGGAGGAAUACAAGAGCUUGGUGGAGAGAAAGCAGCAAGGCCAAGAAGAAGAUGAUGAUGCCACUGAUGCAGAUGAGAUGACAACAUUCGAUGGCUCUACUAUCUCCCUCUCCCUCUCUCCCAUAAUGACGCCAGCUAAACAAGACACGAUACCCAACGGGAAAGACCACUUGGAUGAGACGGACGAGGAUCUGAGCAUGGAGGUAUCCAAGAUGAGCGUGAGCACUUCGGAAACGGCGGAUAUCUCCAUUACAUCUAAUGAGAAGGCGGGGGAGGCUCAGACCCCGGAGAGCCAGACCAAGUCCCCCAAGAAGAAGAAAAAGAAGUUCCGCACACCUUCAUUCUUGAGAAAGAGCAAGAAAAAGAAGGAUGAGAAAGAGAAGGAGAAAGAGAAAGAGAUAGCAGAAGCCUGAGGGCAUUUACUGUAUAAAAAAAAAAAAAUGAAGUGUUUUAUUGGGAAAACAUCUGAAUUGCCUUCUUAAUUUUCAGCUUGUUGAAGGGAAAUGAAAUAAGAGAACAGACUAUAAUUUAGUCAGAAAGUCUCUCGGGACUGUGUUGUUUUUUUACACAUCUUCCCUCAUUCACAGCUAUUACCUGUGAACAUUUCGGCUAAUACAAAGUUGUGAUUGACCGUUCCUGAAGGGCUCAGUAAAAAUCCAAUCAAACGAAAAAGUGAAGGCAAAAACUGCAUAUUUGUGGUUUGUUAUUACCCAUAUUUUUAAUGGGGUUUUAAAAAAUGGAUAUCAAAGGUUAUGAAAACACCAGAUUACAGUUCCGCAUUUGCGAUUUUCUUUUUGCACAAGUUCAUUGUUGAAUGUAUACUGAAAGCUAAGAAAACUGUUUUAACAAUUUAACAAUCACACUAUAAGUGUAACAGUGGCUGAACAUUAUUCAGAUUAUACGACUUUCGGCCCGAUAAGAAGUACGAUUUGUAUCUGAACGUCUUCAUAGUUAUACUAUCUUGUAAUAAUAUAUGUUGGUUUAUAUUAUAGACAUUAUAAUAUAGUGUUUGAUAGUUAAUGAUUUACUUUCCAUACUAACUCUUAUACUAAACAUGCUGUGAUUGACAAAUUCAGUAAUAAUUCACGUUUUUACAUUUAUGUCAGUGGUAUUGUCCCCAUGGUUGCUGCUUUUAUUGUAAUUGUGACAAGGAAUUGACUGUGACUAACAGAAAGAAAAACCCCGCAAAGUGAUGAGUCACGCUUAUUGAUGUUUAUGAGUGAUGAAGUUUGACUUUUACAGAACUGACAGAGAGUCUCUCGUUUGGACAAUGAAAGUGCCGAGCCCGAAUCGCAGGACAGUUGAAAGUGAUCGAUGUUUUUUUGACUCAUUUCGUCAGUUGAUGGCAAUAUGCUGUGGAAAGCUCGUCUUCAUAGCCACUGUUAAGAGUUUGAUAUAAAGUAUAUUAGAGGACCAUUAUAUUUACAUCCCAGUCAAUAAUGUGAAUGACUUGUUUUGACCCAAAGGGAGUGAACUCUUUGCCUUUGUAAAUAAGUUUGUUCUUGUGAAGUUCUCUUUUUGUUACGCUAAACCAAAUGUUGAAGCAAUGAAAUAGAAAUGAAAUGUGACAGUACAAUCUAAUAACAAUAUUUUAACACUUCUUUUAUCAUAUUUUUUAUUCACCUUAAUUAAGCUCCCUAUUUAGUGAACAUGUGCACAGCGCGUUGUGUUUAAAAUUGUGCUACUUUGUAAUUUGUGUGCCUAGUGCUUGUAUCUUCCUGCGUUGUUUACAUUGCUAUUUGUGUCGCCUGGGUUUUUUCUCCAUGGUGCUUUACCUUGCAGUCACCUUCCCUCAAAGUCAGUCCCUUUAAAGUUGCCUUCCACCUGAUGUAAUAAAAGCUCGGAUAUGUUUCCAAAACUGUU